UAACAAAUAUAAUUCCAAUUUAGAGUUUGGAUGGAAUUGCUGUGAAAAGUGAAGAAACUUAUUUCUUUGAUUGUAAUUUCAUAAAUUGAUUUCUUGGUGUGUGAGAAAAUAUUAGAAUAUGACUGAAAAUGAAACAUCUGAAAGAAAUUGUAAUCAAUUUUUGAAGCAUAAGAAUUUGUGGAGUUAUCACCAAAUUAUUUGAUAAAAGUUCAAGAAUCUAAAGAUUCAGAACCAAUAUCCCAGCUUGAGUACAGAUCAUUAUGUUAGAAAACUUUCAAGUAGAAAGUUGAUACAUGGCACAGGAUCUUGGAUUCAAUUAGGAAGUGAGGCCACUUAAAAGUGCCGCAAAGCUUAAAACAGGGCAUUUAGCACAAAGUUCAUGUAGAUGUAUUUUUCAUUGAUGCAAAGGUGCAGUUAAGAUUCAGCAGCAAAUAAAAAAUGAUAUACACAUGUGUCUUGUCAUGAAGAGAUAGUGAAGUGUUGAAGUGAUGUAAUAUCAUUUGUGCCAUCUUCUGUAAAUGUGGUGAAAAAGGAUUAGUUCUUACUAUUCAUGUGAAAUUCUGUUUUCUUCAUUAAAUGGGAAUGGAAAGUGCAAGAAAUGUUGUGUAGUGUAAAUUGAAUCUUUUUUCGUACCAUGGAUUUAUUUCUUUAAAAACUAAAUGGCAAAUAUGAUCCAGGAAGUUGAGUUUAUAAGUUUUGGUAAAAGAACCCCAGGAUGUACAAGAAGAAACAGUGAAUGUCUGCUGCUGGAACCUUCAGAGAUGAUUGUUAUUGACUAUCCUGAUGUUCAGGUUAUGAAAAGUGGCCAUUCACGGCAAUCAUGUAAUGAUCGUGUUAUAGAAUUUGACCAUCAGGAAGGGACCAGGCCUAUACGUAGAAUGAACUCUGAUAGUGUUGUUGAACAGUUAUCUGCCGAUUAUGGAUUACGUGACCAGUAUUUACGAAAUGAACAAUAUAUGAAAAGAUGUUCGCGAGCAAGUGACACAUCUAGUGCUUAUUCAGGUUCUGAUAUGAUGCAGUCAUCCAUAGAUGACCAAGAGAAUGUGGAUAUGGAUAUUAGUGGAUUACCUGAGAGUAUGGUGGAUUCGGAUGAUGAAGAAGGAUAUGCUGAAUCCACAGGGUCACAGAGAGACACAGUACAAGAAUGUUUACAGAAGCACCCACAAGACAGAUCUGAUGAUGAUAUAGAAAUACUACUAGACUUUAUACAACAUUUUAGAGCUUUUGCCAACAUGACCUUACCAACUAGACGAGCACUGUGUGCUGUAAUGAUGCUAGCCGUCAUUGAACAUAAAGGUACCAUAGUAAUGAAGGACAAAGAGGAGCUGGACUCCUGGUCAGUUAUACUUAAUGGUCAAGUAGAAAUCCUUAAAGAAGAUGGGUCUGCUGAAUUUUUGUACAUGGGGGACAGCUUUGGUAUUACAGAACCAACCUUAGAUAAAAUAUUCCAUGAAGGGGUCAUGAGGACCAUUAUUGAUGAUUGCCAAUUUCUUAGCAUUGCUCAACAAGAUUACUAUGAAAUCAUGAACCAGGGCAAAGAAAACACAAAACGACAUGUGGAAGACGGGGAGGUUGUCAUGGUUACAGAACACAGAGUGUUUGACGGAGGUAACCGACGAGGACAGAUUAUAAUUAGGGCGUCACCGGAUCACUUGAUGAACCAUCUUGUACAGGAACACUCAGCUGUUGAUCCUACGUUUGUAGAAGACUUUCUACUUUGUUACAGAAUAUUUCUCAAAAGUCCCAUGGAAUUAGCUUAUAGACUUCAAACAUGGUUCAACCAAACAACAUUACGAAAUAAGGUCACUAGGGUUGUGUUACUGUGGGUCAACAAUCAUUUUAUUGAUUUUGAAACAGAUUCUAUUUUGAGUGAAUUUCUGGAAAGCUUUGAAGCUAUGCUUGAAACUCAGGGAAUGACAGGUCAACUCAGGUUACUGAAUAUUGCCUGUGGUGCUAAAGCUAGGACGAGAAGUGUCACAUUAACUCGUGCUACACGAGAAGAGGUGCUGCAUUUUUCUGUCCUGGGAGGUUUAGAACGAGGAUGUGGUAUAUUCAUUUCUAAAGUAGAAAAGGCAUCUAAAGCUUAUGAGGCAGGCCUCAAAAGGGGUGACCAGAUAAUGGAAGUGAAUGGUCAGAACUUUCAGCAUAUUACGCACAAUCGAGCCUUAGAAUUAUUACGAGGGACCACACAUUUGUCAAUGGCUAUCAAAUCUAAUUUACCAGAUUUUAAGGAAAUGAUAGAAGUGACAGAACAAAAUAAACAAAAUAGACAAUCUACUCAGAGUACUUCAUCAUUCACAAAACGAUUAUCUGCCCCUGAUUUAGAUAAUAUGUCUCCAUUCAUUAAAUCAUCUAUAAAAGAUAAAAGUUUUGACAAAAAGGAUAAAUCUUGGUUUAAAACAGUUGGAAAGAAAGCGUUUAUUAAGAAAAUUGGAGGUUUCUUUCCAAGGAAUGCCAGUACCUCAAAUAUGGAAUUUGAAAACAUGAACAAAUCUGAUGAGAGUUUAUACUCCGCAUCAAUUCAUAAUACAUCCAAAAGCUCAUCGUCAUCAUUGACCGUACAGAUGCCUAAUCAUCUAAGUGCCAGUAAUCCUGAUUUGUCAUUACUUAGUGUAGAGGAUCCAAAACCAGACUAUCCUGACCAUGUGGUCAAAGUCUUUAGGGCCGAUCAGUCUUUCAAAUAUUUACCUAUACAUAAGGAUGUUACAUCAAAAGAAGUGGUGAUGUUAGCUUUACAAGAAUUUGGUGUUACAGAUCCUAGCAGUAACUUUUCUCUAUGUGAAGUGACUGUAGAAAACGAGAGUCUGAUUAAACAGAAGCGUUUACCAGAGACAAUGUGUAAUUUACCUGAUCGUCAGAAUCUCAAUGGCAGGCGCACUGUUCCAUGUGUACUCAGGUAUUACUUAAAGAAUAAUUUGAACCCGGAGACACUGGUACCCGACGAGUUGCGGUCAGAAUUGAUCAAAGAGGCACAGAUAAGUCUACUACAGCUCAACACUACAGAAGUGGCAUCACAGCUGACCUUGGAAGAUUUCAAAGUAUUUAAAGAUAUAGAACCGACAGAGUAUAUCGAUGACCUGUUCAAGCUAAAUGCAAGAUAUGGAACCCCAAGCUUAAACAAGUUUUCAGAGUUGGUGAACCGAGAGAUGUUCUGGGUGAUAUCGGAAGUUUGUGGAGAACUGAAUCUAGUCAGGAGAAUGAAACUCAUCAAACAUUUUAUAAAAAUGGCUCGUCAUUGUAAAGAUUGUAAAAACUUUAAUUCUAUGUUCGCUAUCAUAAGUGGAUUAAGUCAUAACUGUGUGGACAGGCUACGCAAUACCUGGGAAAAAGUGCCAAAUAAAUAUGCCAAAACAUACAACGAUUUGCGAGACUUAAUGGAUCCCUCCAGAAACAUGUCUAAAUACAGGAAUCUCAUGAAUCAUGAAAAUGUUCAACCGCCAAUGCUGCCUUUUUUCCCCAUUGCAAAGAAAGAUUUGACAUUUAUCCAUCUAGGGAACGAUUCCUAUGUAGAUAAUUUAGUCAACUUUGAAAAGUUCCGUUUAAUAGCAAGAGAAACAAGACAUAUAUGCAACAUGGCUUCCGCAAAAUAUGAUGUAAGUACGAUGUUCCUUGGAACACCCAGUCAUGACGAAAGUACCUGGGUCUCUGGUUUAGCCACAAUGAAGAGAAUGAGGGCACGGCGUGGUUCUACGUUACCUAAUGCAAAAAAGAUGUAUGAGGAAAAUGAAAUGAAAAGACGUGUGAAGUCAUAUUUAUGUAAUCUUAAAGUGAUAGACAAUGAGGAAAAACUUAUGGAAAUGUCUCAUCAGUGUGAAGUUCCUGUAAAGAAAGAUCACACAUUACAUUCAUUAAGCAGCAGUGUUUCAACACCAAAUUUAACAGAAGAAAAGAAAGUUAUAGUCCCAAGUGGUCCCAGAUUUGGUGCUGAGUCUCCCGAAGCCAUACGAAAACUCAUGGGUUUGUCUGAUAAAGUCCGACCCCACACAUCUAAGCAUACACAUCAUCAUCCCCCAACCAAUCUCACUAGUCCAAUGUCUAAUCGACGGCAGCAGCAUUCUCCGAGACACACUCGACCAGUUCAUCUUACUCCUGAGAGUUCAUCUGUGAUAUCUAUGAGCCAUAUCAGCUCACGACACAAACCUGUACGGACUGGUUCCCUUGGUUCAACAGAAUCUGCAAGUCCCACAGGUAGUAACCACAGUGCCCCUCCCACAUACGAGAGUGAUUCAGGGCGGAACAGUUACGACUCCCAAAGUGUACAUUCGGCAGGAUCAGGAGGAACUAUAUCUCCUCAUCACAGAUUUAAUCCUCCUCAAACAGCGACAUCUCAAUCUCAACAACAGUCUCCACCUGUAGCACAGCCACAGGUGCGGCCACCCUUGCCGCCAUACCAUGUGGUUAUGCAAAACUCGCCAGCAUAUAGCAACUAUAUACACCAAACGUACACUAAUGUACGGCGACCUCCUUUGCCUGACUACCAUUCUGCAGCUCAAAUGGCUCAGCUUGCCCGCAAGAAGCAAUUGUACAAGAAUGAUCGGGCCCGAUCGCAUGAUGGGGGCAUGGGAUACUACAACGGGUCAGCUAAAUACAGCCGAGCACCAGAGGAUCAAGAUGAAGAAGAACAAGUAUCAGCUGUAUGAACAUUUGUUUUAAUGGUGCAAUUCCUCAUUUAAAUCUGUGAUAGUCCUGCUUGGUUCCUUGUCAUCAAGGGGACGUAACUCUGAGAUGUCAGCUUGAUUGGCCAUAAUCAAGGGGAGGCAACUCUAUAAAGAUGUUAUCCAAGUAUUAUUAUGUGUGAAUCUCAAGGAAAAUAAACAAAUCUCAACUGAGAGUUAAAUGAAUGUGACAAUAAUUAUUAUAUGAUGAAUAGCAGUGGAGAUUAGAGUAUAAUAUAUUUUGAUUAGGUAUCUUAGCAAAUGGGAGAUAGAGUUUUAGAUUCAUUGUGCUGUUUACCAUUGAACAUUAGUGCUACUAUUGACAACACAAACACAGAGUGCCAUGAUCUGUGUCAUGUGACAUUGAGAUUUGUUAUUCUUUCAUUUAUUUGAUAUAAUGAUCCCUCUCAGUGAGAUCAACCAUUCUCACUUUUGUUUGCAAGAUCAUGUUUUUUAUGAGCUUCCAAUUAGUAAUUUUAUGCCAAAGACACAAAAACCUUGUAUUUAUGUUCACAGUGUUGUUUUUCUCAACACACAUGGAGAUCCUUGUGUUUGUUAGUUGUUUGUCUGUGUCUGAUGAAAAGGUGAUAGGAGUGUGUAAGAUAUAGGAGUGUGUGUGUAAGAUAUAGGAGUGUGUGUGUAAGAUAUAUGAAUGUGUGUGUAAGACAUGAGUGUAAAUGUAAGACACAUAGGUAUGUGUGUAAGAUCGUUAUAAGUAUGAAUAAAAACAGUUCUUCUUAUUUGUUAAGAAAGAGUUUUAUAAUGGGAAAACUAUUGAUUUGUAAAAUUACGGGAAAAGGAGCAAUAUUUAUGUUAUCUGUAUCAUACAAGGUUGAUUUAGAAAAAAUAUCAGGACAUUUAGAAGUACAUCAUUUAUUGUACAAUUUAUAUAUUUGGGAUUUCAUGAUUUCAUUCAUCAGCAAAUGUUAGAAGUAAAUUACAAUCUAUAUAUUGGGGGUUAACUGUUGACGUUCUAUGCUGUCUGACAUUUCCAUUCAUUCAAUGGACUAGGAAUUUAACAUUAUGACAAUGAAAUCAAUAAACUUGACUGUUUGCAUCUAAAUGUUGAAUUAACAUUGUUUACAUUUAACAUAUUCUGUAUUUACCAUUAGGUUGGAUAUGGUAGAGUCAAAUUCAAUUAAUCAUUAUAAUCUGAUCUAAAAUUAAACAAAUUUGUGUACCGGUACAUGUACUAUGAAGUCAUAAAAGUAAUUCUAUAAGGCUCUUAUUCUGAAUACAGUAUGUUUUAUACUUCUGUAAUUUUAUUUUCAAUUUUUAGACAACUGUUUAUGCAAAGUAAACAUCAGAAAUUUGAAUGAAUAUAUCACUUUUUCAACAUAAAUUAUAUCUCAGAAAAAGGGUGGGGAGAUAUGAACUUUGUAAAACAUUUGGUACAAAUGAAAUCUUCAUUUAAUGGUAGGACUAAAUUUUUGUCUCUCAGAUUUUAGUUUCAUCAUCAAUUGUUAUUAUAUUAAACAAUACACUAAUCAAGAGAACAAGACAAAGAGAGCUGUAAUCCAGAGCAGAUUUUUUUUAUUUUUUGUUGAAAGAAUGUGUUGUGUGAUUUAAAUGUGUGUUGCAAUCAAGAUGAAAACUAUUUAUAACAGAAUGUGUAGUUGGUAGGCAGCUGAAGUAAUACAUAUGUGUGACCUCAUGUGUAAAUACUGUGUUCUCCCCAGGCAGUGAAUGUGCUGUAAUUUCCACAGUUACAUGUACUGCAUUUAACAAGAGUGUCCUGACCUUGCCUAUUUGCUUUCUGUUUUCUAAUGUCCUUGUUCUCAUUCUUGUGAGGUGUUCAGGGGAACCAGCUAUAAAAAAAAAUUGUCCUCAAAAUGAUGUUUUUGCCAAGACUUAUUGCCAGAAAGUCAAAGAUCCAAAUUUAUUUUAAGUAUCCAAAUUGAUAAAAUUAGAUAAAAGUACUUAAACUUCAGACUCUUAUUUCAGUUUGUGAGUGCAAAGUUUUCAAAUUAACCUCUACAAAAAUGUGUUGAGUCCUAUAACAUUAAAUUUAACAAACCUGUAAACUAUACACACUUCUAUUAUUUCAAUUGUUUGUAUCAAAACAGGAUUCUUUUUUAUAUAUUUAAAAUAUACAACAUUUCAUUAAAGUCAUAAAAUAAUGAUGGGACAGAAAAGUUAAAUCAGUCAGUUUCUCGUUUCUUAUUUAGUUUAGACCAUUGGAAUGGUUUUACACAUGUCAGGGCCUUUCAUAGCUUGCUGUUUGGUAUGAGCCAAGGCUCUGUGUUAAAGACCGUCAGUUUUUGGGCCUUUUAUAGCUUGCUGUUUGGUAUGAGCCAAGGCUCUGUGUUAAAGACCGUCAGUUUUUGAGCCUUUCAUAGCUUGCUGUUUGGUAUGAGCCAAGGCUCUGUGUUAAAGACCGUCAGUUUUUGAGCCUUUCAUAGCUUGCUGUUUGGUAUGAGCCAAGGCUCUGUGUUGAAGACCGUCAGUUUUUGGGCCUUUCAUAGCUUGCUGUUUGGUAUGAGCCAAGGCUCUUUGUUAAAGACCGUCAGUUUUUGAGCCUUUCAUAGCUUGCUGUUUGGUAUGAGCCAAGGCUCUGUGUUAAAGACUGUCAGUUUUUGGGCCUUUCAUAGCUUGCUGUUUGGCAUGAGCCAAGGCUCUGUGUUGAAAACCAUCCUUUGACUAUAAUGAUUUACUUUUACAAUUGUGACUCGGAUGGAGAGUUGUCUUAUUGGCACUCAUACCACAUCUUCUUAUAUCUAUAAUAUUGUGUGCUUAUUACAGCACUGAAAAAACUCUUGGGGAGAACACUGAAUUAUAUAUAAAUAUAUGCUGACAAAAGUUAUGUAUACCAUUAACCCUUCAGAUAUUUAUUAACUUAAUACAAUAUAUUAAGAACUAACCCUUAGUAUACGUGGAUAGUAAGUAUUGAUGGUACAUGUAUUAUAAAUCAAAUACUUUUGACUUUGACCUUGAUAGUGAAACAAUUACAGAGAGAAAGAAAUAUAGUGUUAAAAAGAUUUAGGAAUUUUGCAACUUUCACAAAUCGAUUAAAAUAACAAAUGUAUGUAAAAAUUGCAUUAUUAACAGUAUGGCCAAAAUUUUAUAACAAAACAAUUCUAUUUAAACAAUUCUCUGAGUUUUUGUCUGCUGUUUACAAAUUAUGAUAGAAUUACAGUUACAAUGUUUUUUUUCUCACCAGUUACGAAAAGGAUGAUACUUGCAUAUCUACAGUAUGGUAAUAAGAGGGGGUAGGGGAUAAUGUAUAAUGUAUGGGAUAGGUGCAGUAACAUGACAUGUCUGUGAAACAUGUCAAAAUGCCUCCUUUAAUCAUUGUUUGCAUCUCAUUUUUUGUAACAUUUAAACUUGUUUACAGAUUAAUUUUGCAGUUUAUUUUAUUGGGAAUUAUUUUGAAAGGGGAGGGGGGAAUUUGAUGUUGAUAUAGGUAGUCUGUAAGGAAUGAAUGAUUGUUAAUUUUUAAAGGUUAACCAAUUUAACAGAUUGAAAGGGUCUGAAUCAUUUCAGGUUUUGCAAUGUAUAAGUUUUACAGUUCGUACUUACAUUAAGACUUACAAGUAACAUACACCAUGUAAUAUUUGAAAAUAGAAUACCAAUGGAAUAAAUUCAGCAAAUGAAGGCUUCAUGUCAAACAGUGCGUAAAAAACUUCUAUCAUCAUCAUGUUCAACGAUGUAAUUUGUCAGUUUAUUAUUUAUUUGGGGGUAUUUUUUUUUUUAAUUGUGUUAAAUAUUUUGGAAAGUUUAAAAAAUAUUUAAGCAAGAGUAUUGUUAAACAAGGAUAAAUAUUCAAAAACAAAAAAUGAAACAGGUGGCCUUGAUUUUUUCUCCUUGAUUUCACAAAGAUUUUUAAGGUUAAAACAAUUGCCAUGUUUACAAGCUUAAUGUUGAAGGGAUUACAUAAAAAGUUGGCAUGGUUACAAGCCUGAUGCUGUUAUCUUUUUAGUUACCAUGGUUACACGCAAAAUUUUCAUUACUUGCUAAUUUGACAUGGUUACAAGACUGAUGUCAUUACAAAUUUAGUUGCCAUGGUCACAAGCCUAAUUUUCAGUACUUGUAAAGUUGCCAUGGUUACAAGCCUAACUUUCAUUACUUGUAAAGUUGACAUGGUUUCAAGCCUAAUUUUCAUUACUUGUAAAGUUGCCAUGGUUACAAGCCUAACUUUCAUUACUUGUAAAGCUGACAUGGUUGCAAGCCUAACUUUCAUUACUUGUAAAGUUGCCAUGGUUACAAGCCUAACUUUCAUUACUUGUCAAGUUGCCAUGGUUACAAGCCUAACUUUCAUUACUUGUAAAGCUGACAUGGUUGCAAGCCUAAUUUUCAUUAUAUUGUCUAGUCAUUAAAUGCUCAUUAAUUAUGGCACAUCAUUGUUUAUUUUUGUGUAAAUAUUGUUAAAAAUGAUAAUAUGUCAAUAAAUUAUAAAACACUUA